AUGGAUUCGAAAUCGGAUGUGCCAGUCGUGGCACGUAGGCGACGGAAAGCGGCCCGUCAGAUGAGAGAAUCCACACCGGAUCCGUCGCUGCGGGAUGGAACGGCCGACAGUUACGGCAGCCAAAGUCAAGCUUCCGAUGAGCAAAGCGGUUCGGAAAAUAAAAGCACAGGCCGUAGUACCGUAGAUUCUAGCCCGCAAGGAUCGGUCAAGGGCUCAAAGAAAAGUUUCAUCGAAAGGGCCAUGGAUUACAGCAGUCAUCGAAACAAAAUUCUCAGCCGAAAGGACAAAAAACUGGCGGCGGCAGCCCCUCGCAGCCGGUCGGUUCCACGAGACAGUGAGGAGGUGCCAAGCAGUCCGGAAAUUUUCUCGCUGUUGCGUCGUGCCAAAAAGAGUCUCACCUCACGCAAACCGAAAACCGACGACUCCAGUGAUGGGGGAAAGAUUUCCGACACGGAAGUACGCAAAAGACGGGAACGUAUCGAACGGUACCAAACGGAACGGAGCAGAGAAAAUGAAGCACGCUCAACGCAGCUUCAGGCUAAUCUGUCCCGCUUCAAUGACGAACGUCGAAAGUUUGAGCUGGAAAAGCUAAAAUUUCUACAGGAAAAGCGCGAACUGGAUCGCAUGAGACUGCGUCGGUUCGAAAAGUACCGCGAAGAGAUGUUGGAAGAGCAGCGCCAGAAGCUGCAGGUCGAACUGAGAAACCGAGAACAAGAAGAGGAACGCUCCAAAAGCAUUGAGGCUCCGAUUUUGCCCCCGGCUCCACCGACACGUUCCAAGACACCCGUUUCACCGGGACCGAUUAAGAAGAAACUACUGAUCAUCCCGAAGACGUCCAGUGCUUCGGCUUCGAGCAGCGAAGAGGAAAGACACAACACCAGCGACGAGGAGAAACUGGCGACGGUUCGGCGACGGUUUUCGCCACGAAAACCGAAAAGACCAAGAUCGACGAAAAUUGAACACUUGAAGGUUUCCAAAACGCCGGAACCGGCAACGUCUCCCGAGCCGGAGUCAGAACUGCCGUCCGAUUUCCCACCGGAAGUGGAACCUGUUGAGCAGGAACUAAAACAAGAAGUUGUACAAGCAGAGGAAGUGAUUAUUCCAGAAGUAAAGAUUGAAGAUGAAACUGUGUUGACGCAGCGGAAAGUUGCUAAACCGGAGGACGAUGAAGCGAAGGAAGACACAGUCAAGGAGAAGUCUGACACAGAAAAAAAUGUGAAUGAGAAUGGUAUAAAGGAAAUGGUAGCUGUUGAUGAGAAGAAAGCUAUUGAUCUCAAGGAGAAAAAGCGACGACGAGCCUUGGUAGUUUAUGUAGAGAAGGAGGACGAUCAGUUCAAUUGGACGGAAAUAUACGAAGAAUGGAGAGAUCUUUGGCUCGAUUUCUUAGACGAUAAGCCCUUGGAGAGAAACCGAUUGCGACUGCAGGUGAACGAAUGCUUGUUCUACUUUGGGGUGCUGGUGAUGUUGUGCGGGGUUGGAGGAGUUGUAUUCCGAGUUACGGAGGGAACGUUUGAGUCGCAGUACAAAUGCGGUGUCAAACGGGUUAAGCGCGAUUUCAUCGAUCAUCUUUGGCUUUCCAGUCACAAUCAAAAGGAAGAGGACUGGAAACAGACAGCUAGGGCUAGACUGAGAAAAUUUGAAGAAGAACUGCAGAUUGCUUUCGAUGCCGGGAUGAAAACCUACAGCGGCAGUACGGCGUGGAACUUUGUAAACGGCGUUAUCUAUUCGCUGACUGUUGUAUCAACCAUUGGUUAUGGUCACAUAUCACCAUCCACGACCACGGGAAGGGCGCUAACGAUAAUUUACGCCAUUAUCGGAAUUCCAAUAUUCUUGAUUGUGCUGGCAGAUUUCGGAAAACUGUUCACCCGAGGUAUAAAAUUCCUAUGGGCUUAUGUACGACGAUUAUAUUACACCGGUUCGAUCCGUAAAGUACGAAAAACGGCACAAGUAAAGGAGGUAAUGAAAGGACUGAACGUAGUUUAUGACAUGGUUCGUCGUCCUAGUGGAGAAAACGAACUUCAACCGCCCAGUGACUCCAAAACUAACGAUCAACCACCCAUCCAACCAUCAACUUCGAAUGAGAUUCCACCGACGUGCGAUUCUCCAACCACUCCGGUUCCAGAAACUUUCGAGAUUGACGAUGAGUUUAACCUACCAAUUUCUGUCGCCAUUUUCAUCCUGGUUGCGUAUAUGCUCUUUGGAGCUACCAUCUACUUCACCUGGGAGAAUUGGUCGUUUUUCGAAGCAUUUUACUUUGUGUUCAUCUCUAUUUCCACCAUCGGCUUCGGAGACUUUGUUCCACAACACCCCAUCUACAUGAUGUGCAGUAUUCUCUAUCUGAUUUUCGGUCUCGCUCUAACAUCGAUGUGUAUCAACGUAGUUCAAUUGAAGUUAAGUGACAGCUUCCGCCAGGCCAGCGCAAAAAUUGGAGCCACAAUUGGAUUGCAGAUGGCUGAAGCUGCUUCUUUACAACACUCCCAGAUUCACACCCCUAUCGAGCUCUCCGGAGUUCAUACGAGCACUCCCGUCGGAAAUGAUUCUCAGCGAUCCCCAAAUGGGGACGCUGUAGUGCUUCCGGAUAAAACCAGAGCAACGACCGCGGAAGAUGAUAAAAAAGAAAGCAAGAAGGACUAG